GCGAAUGUGGGCCGCGUAUAUACUAGCUUCGCGUUGUCUACAGCGUCAGUUAGUUCGUCGCUUAUUCUUCGUUCGCGUGACCAGAAGAAUAUCUCCCGUCUUUCAAAAAACCGACUGAAAAAGGCUGCAGAAAUGUACAGGGCGUUCUACCUACUGUUUUUCAUGCUCGUCGCAGUGACGGCACAGCGUCGUCUUGCUCUGCCUGAUCCAAGAAGCUGCGCUAAUCGCGUUCGUCAUUCGACGUAUCGAGAUGCGAGAAAUGUUGCCCACUCGUACUUCUUCAGCUGGGAACACGCGCCGACCAGAGGAUUGGAAGUGGAUUGGUUGGACGCGAGGAACAUCUGCAGGCGUCAUUGCAUGGACGCCGUAUCCCUAGAGACUCCGCAAGAGAAUGAAUUCAUUAAACAAAGAAUCGCGAGAGGAAACAUCAAGUACAUCUGGACCUCUGGCCGCAAAUGCAACUUCAACGGCUGCAACAGGGCCGACCUACAGCCCCAGAACAUAAACGGAUGGUUCUGGUCAGGUUCCGGAGCUAAAAUUGGUCCCACCACUAAACGAGACUCUGGUGACUGGAGUGCGACCGGAGGAUAUGGACAAGCUCAGCCCGACAACCGCGAGGCUGCACAGGGUAACGACGAGUCCUGCUUAUCGAUUUUGAACAACUUCUACAACGACGGUAUCAAGUGGCACGACGUUGCCUGCCACCACUUGAAACCCUUCGUUUGCGAGGACAGCGAUGAGCUCCUGAACUUCGUAGCGUCUCGCAAUCCGGGAAUUCGUUUAUAAAAUGGAAAUUCUCGAUUCUCAACGCAUUUAUAACUGUUAAGGAAUAAAUGAUUCGAGAGUUAGAAAUAUGUCCCUUGACCAAUUGGACGAUACAAUUCCAAUUCAAACCUGAACAGAUUGCCCAAAAUUACUCACCUAAAUUAUUAUUAUUAUCAUUAUAUCGUAAUCUUUUUUUUUUCGUUUUUUUAAUAGUAAUUAUUUAUGUAUCACUAACCGUACUCUGUGUGUCCUUAUACGCAUACUUUUAAUCAUACAUAUAUUACGCAAAGCAGCUGAUCGUAGAUAAUUAGAUUCGUUUCCAUUUCUAUACAAACAGUAUUCAAACCACGUAAUUACCGAUGUUUAGCAUUAGUUGACACAUCACUGCUGAUUAUUUUUAUCACUAUCAUUAUAUUAUUACUGUUUAGAUGUAUAGCGUAGCUACGUUUCUACCAAUCAGUUAUUGUAAACAUGUAAAAUUUUGUAUCUUUCUUAGAAAAAUAAAUACCACUGUAUUUCUGUA